AUGUUCGGGCUUACAGCGUUCGCUGAGACCAAGGCGUCCGUUGAGGCUGAAGGCAUUUAUAUUGGAGGCUACUCCAUCCGGCGUGCACUGUGGCCCAAGACAGUGGACGGAAAGCAUGUCAGUAGUCAAGACCGUGUCGAGCAUGUCGCCGCUAUCCAGGACUGGAAUGCGGCCGAAGAAGCUGCUCUAGUCAGAAAGCUCGAUUGCCGUGUCCUGCUACCAUGCUGUAUCAUCUACUUCCUUGCUUACCUCGACCGUGCGAACAUGGGGUUCGUCAACAUCAUGCAUGCCGGUACAAAAGACAGUUUUGAGGAGAACUUGCACCUCAAAGGUACGGAUUUCAACUGGUCUGUGUCAAUUACCUACUUUAUGGUCACCGUACUACUCAUGCCCUCGAACCUUUUGAUGAAGCGAUUUGGUGCAAAGAAAUACUUCCCAGUGAUUAUGGUACUCUGGGGCACCAUUGUAAUGACGAUAUCGGCCGUGAAGAACAUCCAGGGUCUGCUUACCGCCCGUUUCUUCCUCGGUAUCCCUGAGGCAGGUGUCGUUCCGACAAGCAUCAUGUACUUCAGCUUCUGGUACAAGCCGACUGAGCGAGCACUGCGCAUAGGUAUAUUCCAUGCAGCAAAUGCUUUAGCCUCGGGUGUCGGUGGCUUCCUCGCUGUAGGCAUCGAUAAACUUGACGGAAGAGCCGGGUUGGAAAGCUGGCGUUGGCUUUUUAUUAUCGAGGGUCUCCUUCCGAUAGUCAUGGCUAUACCAGUCCACUUCCUGCUUCUGACAUUCCCAGAGACGUCACCAGCAUUAACAGACCGAGAGCGCCACAUUGCGAUCAACAGGUUUGGCCGAGGCUCUACUCGCAGUACUGAUGUGACAUGGGAAUGGCGAACCUUCUUUGCAGUUUUGAAACGACCAUCGACAUAUGUAUUUUUCGUGUCAUACAUCUGCCUCCUGAUUGUUGCCGUGGCCCUGGGAACAUUCUUGCCAACCAUUCUCAAAGUGUUCGCCAAAUUCUCAAGCACAAAAGCAAACGAGUAUUCGUCAGCUGUCUACUUUGCCGCCAUCGUUGUUUAUGCCUUUGGUCCUGGCAUUCCGACUGGACCAGAGACAGAAUCUGGCAUUACAUAAUUCCGGCACUUGGUGCCAUACCUUGCUU